CCACACUGGUCUCAUUCUCCGGCGAACCUUCUAAUCUAUAGCCCACCAAAGCUCUACCCUUUCCUCCCUAGCCGCUCUCUCUCUCUCUCUCUCUCUGCAUAUAAAACCCCAAACACCUCACCUUGAAUCCCCCUCACUCCUCUCUCAAUCUCAAACAUGGCAGCAGAAGCACUCUCAAGCUUCUUCUUCUUCCCUCUCUUCUCCCCCUCCUCCUCCCCCUCCCCCAACCACCCGCCGCCGCCGCAGCCGACAGCAGAGGAUCUCCCCGGCUGGGAAGGCUAUGUAACGAAUCAACCUCCUCAUCCUCUGUAUCAUUGCUCUGUAUGCGGAAAGUCGUUUUCUUCCUAUCAGGCGCUCGGCGGGCAUAAGUCCAGCCACCGGAGAGCCUCCGUGACGGGAGGGGAGGAACGCCGGUGGUCGUCUGCUGGCGUGUCGGAUGGAAGUGGACCUCACCGGUGCUCUCUGUGUUUUAGGAGGUUUCCGACGGGUCAGGCCCUCGGGGGUCAUAAGCGACUGCAUUAUUGGGAGCCGGCGCCGCUGCCGCCGCCAUCGUAUUCUGAUAUUUCGGUCAACGGCUGUGGUUUUGACUUGAAUUUGCCGCCGGAGGAUGAGGAGCCGAGGAGUGCUCUGUUGAGGAAGAAGAUUAGAGUUUCUGAUCAUUAGUCUCUCUCUCUCUCUCUCUCUCUCU